AUGGGGAUUCAUGGAGCCGCCGGCACGGCCCCGCCCCCGCUGCCCCGGUGGUGGCCCACGGCCCCCCGGCUGCCCGUGGUCAAACUGGAGUCGCUGAAGCGCUGGAACGAAGAGCGGGGUCUCUGGUGCGAGAAGGGGGUGCAGGUUCUGCUGACAACGGUGGGCGCCUUUGCCGCCUUUGGCCUCAUGACCAUCGCUAUCAGCACCGACUACUGGCUCUACACGCGCGCCUUCAUCUGCAACACCACCAACCUCACAGCCAGCGACGAUGGGCCGCCCCACCGUGGGGCCGGGGGUGCCUCCGAGAAGAAGGACCCCGGCGGCCUCACCCACUCGGGCCUCUGGAGGAUCUGCUGCCUGGAAGGGCUGAAAAGAGGCGUCUGCGUGAAGAUCAACCACUUCCCAGAGGACACAGACUACGAUCAUGACAGCGCGGAGUAUCUGCUCCGAGUCGUCCGGGCCUCUAGCAUCUUUCCUAUUCUCAGCGCCAUCCUCCUGCUGCUCGGAGGCGUGUGUGUGGCCGCCUCACGGGUCUACAAAUCCAAGAGGAAUAUCAUUCUGGGCGCAGGGAUCCUGUUCGUGGCAGCAGGCCUGAGCAACAUCAUUGGCGUGAUCGUGUACAUCUCGGCGAACGCGGGCGAGCCAGGCCCCAAGCGGGAUGAGGAGAAGAAGAAUCACUAUUCGUAUGGCUGGUCCUUCUAUUUCGGCGGGCUGUCAUUCAUCCUGGCCGAGGUGAUCGGUGUGCUGGCCGUCAACAUCUACAUCGAGCGCAGCCGCGAGGCGCACUGCCAGUCUCGCUCGGACCUGCUCAAGGCCGGCGGGGGCGCGGGCGGCAGUGGCGGGAGCGGCCCCUCGGCCAUCCUCCGUCUGCCCAGUUACCGCUUCCGCUACCGCCGCCGCUCCCGCUCUAGCUCCCGCUCCAGCGAGCCGUCGCCGUCGCGGGAUGCUUCUCCCGGCGGCCCCGGGGGCCCGGGCUUCGCCUCCACGGACAUCUCCAUGUACACGCUCAGCCGCGACCCGUCAAAGGGCAGCGUGGCCGCGGGGCUGGCGGGGGCUCGCGAGCGAGGAGCCGAGGGGGCGCGUGUCCGGGGCGCGUGCGCGGGCGCGCGCGCAACGGGGCUGUCGGGGGCGCCCCCCCUUGAGCUCGCUGGAGACUGCUGGGCCUUCACCCCCACCCCGCCCCCCUCUCCCCGGGUCACCCCCUACCUGCCCUCCCAAGCAGGGACCCCGAGGGAGAUCCUAGAGUGGGGACGCUGCAACCCGGCCUUCGCCCCUUUGGGAAGUAGAAGUCCCUACAGGCUGCAGCCCUUCCAGGACCGGCCCCCCGCCCCUCCUCCUCGCGGGGCCUUCCUCCUUCCCCCUCGUCCCCUUAAAAUACCCGGGAUCCCUAUGGCAACAGGCGCCGGGCGACAGGUGCGGGUGUUAUUUACGGGUCGCGCCCGAAAUAGCCCCGGUGGGUGGGGAUGGGUGGGUGGGGGUGAGGCCCGGGUGAGCGAGGCGACAGUGACGGCGGAGCUGGACUGUCGGAGGCAGCGCGGAGCUGGGAGCGGCGCGGCCCAGGCAGGAGAGCGAGGGGGCCCCCGGCCCAGGAGGCGAGGGGUACAGUGUUCCUGGUACCUGAGCGGAGGUGAGGACCACAGCCCCUUCAUCUGA